AUGGCCAACUCUAUCGCUGCACCCACUGGUUACACCACUCCAGUUUCGCUUGGUAGUGCUGCGAUCAAUGCGCUCACCGAUAUGUGUGGCACCAAUACUUAUAUGGGAUUCAAGUUGUUUACCAGUGGAGGUUUUGAUGCUUCGCUCUGCGCUGCCGCCUGCUCGGCACAGAGCGUAUACAAUCUCAACAACCCUCCUGCAAACGGACCAGUUCAGACAUGUCAGUUCUUCAACACUUACAUGCUGUACAAGAACAACAAGCCCCAAGGUCAGUACUGCUCGUUGUACUCGGAGACCUGGAGCCCAGCAUACGCCACAAACACAGGAUACGGCUCGAACGGUGAUAAGUACACCAUUGCCUACAGUUUCUCCUCCAGCAAUGUCACCAAUCCCGCCUUGCCUCCAACCUCGUGCACGACACCAGGACAAUGCGUUCCCAACCCAAAUCCACCAGCCGGUUCAGUGUGCGACGUCGUGGGUUACUUGAGCUCAGAGAAUUCUCUGAUGACCUAUACCUUUGAUGCGAAGAUCGUCGACAGUCCAGCUCACUGUGCCUAUUAUUGCGCUCAAACGCCGGGCUGCAACUCUGUAUUCUUUGGCAAACCUGACUACCCAUUCUGUGAGAUGCAUGGUGGCACAGUCUCUAGCGAGGGCUUCCUUUCAGACUCGAACUCUUACUACAGCGGCAUCGACCUAGGUUGCUAUAUUUGCGAUGUUGUAUAG